AAAAUACCAUAAGACUGCAGACAUCUACUGCAUCUUCAAAGAGCACGCACCCCGUAAUCCUCAAUUUCCGCGUCCUUUGCCGAUGCCUGCUUGGUAGUGAGAUUCCGCCACGAAUCUGGGCGUUUUCCCGAAGGUAAUGAAUGCUCUCUCAUUGUGGUGAUUUUAAUAGCUGUUGAAUUCGAGCUAUGUACAACCCUUACACGACAUCGACAAUCUCGCUGAGAACGCGAGGCACGGCGUCGUUUGGAUUCAGUGACUACGCGCACUGCCCGAUCGAAAGAAGUCCUUGCAGUUAUUCCUCAUCAGCAGCCUGUUGUUGUUGCUGUGCGGAAUCUAUUUGUAAAGUACCUGUAGGCUCAACUUAUUGCUACAAUUUGUAUGGACUGAGGCAGUCGUCUUUGAUCCAGUGGUCGCCGUAUAGGAGACUGGUUUCAGGUGGUUUAGAUCGGUUUCAUUCUGCUUGUUUUCCGCCGCUUAAUGAUGUUGAUUUUAGGUGUUAUCGUGGAGAAGUUUUGAGCUCUAGGAAAACUAGGUUAGUGGGGAGAAAAAUGGGGUUGGGAAAAUGUAUGGUGUAUGAGGAAAGAAGUGAAAGAAGCUAUGGCAUUGGAGGUGUUGAUGAGGCUGAGAUUUUGCUUAGUUUGUUGGCUGAGGAUGUUAGUGAGGAUUGUCUUGUGGCAACUAAGUUAAGUAGAAGGGUAGUGAAGAAGAAGAAGCCUGUUGCAGAAGAGAUAGAGAAUGGUAAAGUUAGGAGUAAGAAGGAAAGAGAUGGGCAGGAUGGUUUAGAGAGUGAAUCUAGAUAUGAACAUGGUGGAUCGGCUGUGGUUAGUUCAGGCAAGAUAGGUAAAAAUGGGCAGGAAGUCCGGAGGGAAAGAUCGAAGGAGAAGCAUGAUGAUGGCUUGCUGAGAAAUCGGGGAGCUAGAAGGAAAGAAGAGAGUGUGGGAUUAAUGUCGAAAAUGGGGAAGAAGGACAAUGAACAUAAAGAGAGGAAAGCUAAGUUGAGAGAAGAGAAUUGGAAGGUAACUUCAGGGGUUGAAGAAAGAGAAGAAUUGGUGAGGAGAGAGGAAAGGAAGCAGAAUCUGAGGAAAGAAGGAUCUAGCUGCUCAUCGUACUACUCUUUCUCUUCAACCGGUGAUUAUGAGAGCGACAACGAUGUGGAUCUUAGGGGAGAAAGAUAUUCGGGAGAGUUUUCAGGGAGGGAGAAAAGGGAUUCGAAGAGCAAUGCAAUAGUAUACAAGGUAGCUAGAAAGGAGGAAAAAGAUGGGCAAGAGGAUUAUAGAGGAGAUCAUGGAUUUGUUUCGACAAAGAAAAGCUCACAAAAUGUCGGUUUGGUUGGAUCCAGUGUAGUUGAGCUUGGCCUCAGGAAAAGAUCAGAGAAGAAACUUGCUGAUGUAUCAGUAGAAGAGUUCGAUUCGAGAGAAGAAACCUCACAAAAGGAAUCAAAGCUGUCGAGUAACAAGUCUUUAGAUUAUUAUGUAAGCUAUGAUGACAGGCAAACAGGCAAUGAAGUUUCUAGACAAUCUGAAACAAGGAUGAAGCAUAAACAAUUUGCGGAUAUGCAAGAGUUCCAUGGUGAAGACCUUACGAACUCUUACAGCUCUCAAAAAAUAUACAGAGGCGAGGAAGAGAAGUCUUCUAAGGUUGCAAGUUCAAGCCAAGAAACAGUUGAAGACCUUCGAAGAACAGUUGGUAAUAGCUCCAAAGAGGAUAUUUAUCAAAGGAAUUCUGUUCUGAAAGUAUCAGAAGUUGAAGAUAUUGAUAUCAGAAAGACUUUGAUUUCUCGAAAAAGGAUUGAAACCGAUGUCAAGGAGGAAGAGCAUUCAACCAAUAUUCACAGUUCGAUCAACGAUGCUGCUAAGAAAAAAUGUUAUGACCAAGUAACUACCAUGGUUGAUUCAGGGGGGCGAACCCAAGAAUUAACCAAAAAGGAAGGCAAGUCGAUUCUGAAAAAGGUGUCCGAUAAGCAUAUUCAAGAAAAGAACAUGAGAGAUGAUUCGAAUAAGGGAUAUGAUGUGCUGAGCAAAGUAUCGAUCAUUCACAGUGGAGAUUCUGGCGAGAUCAACAAACAGGGUCGAAGCAAGAGUAAAUCAGAGAUACAAGUGGGAGUUGGUGCAUUGACAAAUGACACCAUUGCUAUUGCUGAGGUCACUGAUGAAGGCUUACAAAUUGUUUCUAAUUUGCCACAUUUACAAGAACUCGAGGUCUCUCCAGGAUUGCAUCAAGAAACUUGUGGUGAGGCUAGCAGUAGUGCUACACACAGGCUGCCAUCAAAGUUAGACUCGACCAUUGGAUCCGCUGCUCGUUUGGAGAAAUCCUCGACACAAUACAUAGGUGAGUUCAUUAACCAGGUGAGAGAUGAAAUUUCGAGUUCUGAAAUCCAGAAGGAGCAUGAGUCAAGAAGUGAUAGUCAGCAGUCUGGAACUAAAGGGCCCUCUGAUGAAAUAUGGACUGUCGAAGAACCAUCUGUUCAGGAAGCGUCGAAAACAGAAGACGAGGAUGAUGCAAGCAAAGCUGUAAAGGGUGUCGAUAAGAGAAGUGGAAGGUCCUUGUGGAAUCUAAUUUCCGAUAUUGUUCUUCUACGGUGGUCUUCCCGUGCAGAAAGUCACGGCUCAGGUAAGAAGACAGGCAGAAGUUCGCCCACGAGUAGUGAAGCGUGGUUUUCUGGUCAUGAAGCAACCGAAAUCGAAGAGACGAGCGAAGAAAAGGAACAAAAAGGCGUAACACCGAGCUUACCAUCAGGAAUCGAUCUAGAAGAGAAAAGUCACCCUCGAGCUGACGAAGCUUCGAGGCCAUCAGCAUUUGGGAGUCAUCUAAAGCACGGCGUAAUAAACGUGUCACCUUCCUCUACCGCUCAAGAACUGCGCCCAACGAGGUCGUCUCUACAUUUCGGCGUAAUGUCUGAAGGGAUCUCAACUACGACAACGGCUGAAUCAUCUAUUCCUUUGCCUACAUUCCGGCAACAAAUAUCUCCGAUUGCGCUAGGAGUCGCAUCUGAAGGAGGUAAGGAAUCUGACAAUGGGUCAAGAGAGAAACAAAAUACACGACUAAAAAUGACGACUGAAUCAGCUGGUGAUGAGGGGGAGUCGAGACGCAAACAAUUUCAGCGGCUAGACCAGGUCAUGAAAGAUCGAUUCGAUGACUGGGAGAAUGCAUACAGGCUUGAAGAAGAGCAGCGUAAAACCGACGAAAAGUUUAUGUGGGAAGCAUUGAUGGAAGCUCAAAAUGCCGCGGACAACUGGGAAGUACCUGUCGGCGCUGUUCUAGUCCACGACGGGAAGAUAAUUGCUCGGGGCUACAACAAGGUCGAAGAGCUGCGCGACUCGACUGCCCAUGCUGAGAUGAUAUGCAUAAGGGAAGCUUCGAACAUACUUAGGACAUGGAGGCUUUCGGAAACGACCCUUUACAUAACUCUCGAGCCCUGUCCAAUGUGCGCCGGAGCAAUACUUCAGGCUCGGGUGGAUACUGUAGUAUGGGGAGCUCCAAAUAAGCUUCUCGGAGCCGAUGGAAGCUGGAUUAGGCUAUUUCCGAGUGGGGAUGGAGGAAACGGCUUGGAACUCUCCGAGAAGCCUCCUGCGCCAGUUCAUCCUUUCCAUCCGAAGAUCGUCAUCAGGCGAGGCGUGCUGGCAUCAGAGUGUGCUGAAGCAAUGCAACAAUUCUUUAGACUAAGAAGAAAGAAGGACAAGAAACCCGACUCUUCCGCGCCUCCUCCUGCCGGCCCCCCUCCGGGAGGCCCCCAUCGACCCCUGAAGUUCUUGGCAAAGAUGCAAGAUGCAUUCAACUUAAUGUUCUGUUUGUAGGUCCUGAUCCUGUAGUGUUCUUUCUUUGUAGUGUUGUUGUUUGUUGUUUAAUUCCAUGUAACCUGGUAAGUAAGAGCUACACUUUUUGGUAAGAAGAUGAGAACAAUGUCUUUAUUAUUUGGGAUAUGUAAUAAUGUUAUUAACAGAUGAUGAUA